UGGCCCCUAAACUGAAGUAUCGGUAUCCAGGCUGUCACCAUAGAGGUAGACGCUACGUUUUUGUCUGGAGGAAAACAGUUAACUGCUCAGAGAUGUCAGAGUAAACGGGACGAAUCGUGAUGGAGCUGACAGACACUUGAAGGAAUGGCAGAUUUCCCCCCGACUUCGCUGUCAAUACCUAUUUAAGAUUAGGAUUAAACAAACAAACAGGAAGUUGCAGCAGUGGAAAGUCUGCUCUGUUUGUGAUGGAGUUCCCCCAGCAUUCCCAGCAGCUGCUGUCAGCCUUGCGUUCACAGCGUCAGCGAGGCUUUCUCUGUGACUGCACUGUUAAUGUUGGAUCAACAUGUUUCCUGGCCCAUCGUGCUGUCUUGGCAUCCUGCUCUCCUUUCUUCCACAUGUUUUACUCUGAUUCCCCAGGGGGCAACAGUGGGAAUGGCACCAACAGUUCUGUCACACUCGAUAGUGAUAUUGUCACAUCUGCUGCCUUUGGAUUGCUCCUGGACUUUGUCUAUGAAGGUGUGCUGCAGCUUGAAGAUUCUCCACCUGUGGAGGACGUGUUAGCAGCUGCAAGCUUCCUGCACAUGAAUGAGGUAGUGAGAGUGUGCAAAAAACGGCUGCAGAGACGAUUGCCUGUGGCUGAGGCAGACAGCACCCGCUCUGAAGAGAACUCCAAUGUACAAAAGACAAGAGAGUCAAGAAGGGAGAGUGUGGGUGACGGUGUAGCAGAAGCCUCAGCAGCCAUAGGAGGAGAUCACUUAAAUCCUGUUGCCAUGGUAAUGCCACUCUCACCCGCCUCUAUGAUGAUUGUGGAGAGCAGAGAGGUUGAGUGUGUGAAGUCAGAGAGGAGGACUGCUGAAGGGUCAUCAGAGGCGCGGGUUCACACUCCUCUCAGCCCUGAUCUUGCUGACACCACUCAGCCGGGCAUGGAUGCUGCUCCUCUGCCAGCAGCCAAAGAGCUGGUGCACUCUCUUCCUGCUCCAGGGAAUCAUAUCAGAGUUGUGCCUGGAAGUCAGGGUGAAGGGUCAGCAUUUUGUAGCCCGUGUAGCACGACAGAAAUAUACAGCCAUAGCAACAGCAUCCACCAGCCUUCACCUCCAUCUUCGUCCUUGCUCGUCCCAGUGAGCCUGUCAGGCUGCCGUUCAGUCUCUACUCUUACAGAAUCGAGUUAUUCACCUGACAAUGAUUUUGUCAGGAAAGCAGCAGAGACAGAGCACAGAGGAACAUCAGAAGGAAGAGAGCAGAUGGUGAUUCCCAUCCAGGCGUCAGCGCUUGUCUCACACAUACAAACCAUCCCAAAUCAACAUGCUGCGCCCCAAAUCAGAAUCCAGAAGCCUGUGUUGCAAGGCCAAACUUCAGACUUUCUGACCAGUCCUCAGACACAAGCUGUGAAAGAACCUGUGGGAGAUGUGGGCAGAGUGAAGGCAGACAAUAGUGAUGAAGACAAUGUGAAAGUAAAGGUUGAAGCUAUAGUCAUAUCUGAUGAAGAGAUGGAGGAGGAGAAAGAUGAAAAGAGAGGUGAUCUGGGGAUAGAAGUAAUUGAUGACUUUGAAGAUGACAUCGGAGAGGAGGAGGAAGAGGAGCUGAACAGUCCACAGUUUCUCCAGUCCCACCCGCAGAUUGCAUCUCACCCAAGUGACUAUGCCUUUCCUCUUUCUCCCUCCUCUUCGUCCUCAGGAGCUGGGACUUCAACCCAGGAUGCCUCGUCCUUUCCUGCCCCCCUCCUUCCUCUGUCCUCACACCAGCAGCACCCAGACGCAUCCGCCUACUUUCAGGAUUCAAUGGGAAACUUCAUGGAGGACGUCCCCACGUGUGGCGUCUGUGGGAAGACAUUCUCAUGCACGUACACUCUGAGACGUCACGCCAUUGUGCACACACGUGAGCGGCCCUACGAAUGUCGCUACUGUUAUCGUAGCUACACGCAGUCAGGUGACCUCUACCGACACAUUCGCAAAGCUCAUGACCAUACGCUGCCGGCCAAACGCAGCAAGACAGAUGUGGAGGUGACACUUCCUCCUGACAACAAUGAAAAUGUCAUCCAAAAUUUCCCAAAAUCUAAGACAACUUCUUCAAAUGUCAUGUUUUAUCCAACCAACAGUUAAAACAAUGUAUUUUGUUACUAAAACAAUUGAAACAAGUUUUUGUUUAUUGACUGAUAAAUUUAAUGAAGUCAAGACAUUUAAAAUUGUUUUCUGGCGUUCUUCAGAAGCUGUUGUCAGUGUACUACCAUAGAUUUGACAUUCGUUGUUUUUUUAUAGUUUAGUAUAGUAUUUUAUAAGACAAAAAGUUUUUUUUAACCUUUGACCUGGAUAUCGGUUGCAGGGGCUGAACUAAAGGUUUACACCUGUUCAGACAAAAUGAAGUUCUGCAUAUUAUCAAAAUGAUUACCAACCACUACAGCGUAGCUAAGUAUAAGAAUCCACUUAAAGAUUCAAUUACAAUUAUGAACUUGCUUUCUUUUGGCCUGCAGUGUAUACUGUAGAGAAAACAGUCUGUGUUUGGACGGUAAAUGAUGUGGUGCAUUAAAUCCAAACAAAAAUAAGAUCUAAAAAAUGUUGUGUCUUGGAUGAUACCACAUUUAUUCUGUUGGCAUUCUAACAAUGAGUCAGCACUGAUGUAGAAUUGUAGUCACACAUGUAGUUGAAGGUGGAUUUUGGCUGGUAUCCCAAUGUCAUUCAGUAGUGAAGGCUUUAUGCGACGUUCUUAAUAAUCUAAUUUUAAAAGUAGAGACUGUCUGACUUGUUUCACAGUGGUACUUGUUAAAUGUUAUCAGAUUUGCACUUUAUUUUGCACUAGAACUUCUCUCCACAUCUUGGACUCUCUCUUCAGUGCCAAUUACAUGUUGAACGUAAAGAAAACUAGGUUUGCCUGUUUUCAGGUACAGUGUCUGAGAGGGAUGAUGAAUAUUGUUUGUAUUUUCUAAUUUUGUAUCAUUUUAACCUGCUUUUUAAUCUGAGCCUCUACAGCUGAACUUGUUUCUCUGCUUCAUUUCAACUGUUGUUAGAGAUGGUCCUA